CUGCUGGGAUUACAGGCCUGAGCCACUGCCCGGCCUCGCUUGCCGAAUGAAUGAAUGCAUGCAUGAGACCCGUUAUCCUGCAGGUCGCCAGGAGCUCGGUGUUGAAGCCAGAGUGGGAUCACCUUGAAGCCCUCAGCCGCGCGGGGAAUGAGAUGGUGACGGGAAUUAUGGGCCAGGGACACCGCGGGUGUAGACGCACGCAUCCCCGCGUGGAACCGGAGGGGUCUGGCCGGGCCCCAGCACCUGGUCUUCCUCGCGUUCCUCCUCUGCCUGCAGGUCCGCCGCCAUGGGGACGCCCUGGCUGCGCGCGCUGCAGCUGCUGCUCCUGCUGGGCGCGUCAUGGGCGCGGGCGGGCGCCCCGCGCUGCACCUACACCUUCGUGCUGCCCCCGCAGAAGUUCACGGGCGCCGUGUGCUGGAGCGGCCCCGUGUCCGCGCGGGCGACGCCCGAGGCCGCCAACGCCAGCGAGCUGGCGGCGCUGCGCUUGCGCGUCGGCCGCCACGAGGAGCUGCUGCACGAGCUGCAGAGGCUGGCGGCGGCUGACGGCGCAGUGGCCGGCGAGGUGCGCGCGCUGCGCAAGGAGAGCCGCGGCCUGAGCGCGCGCCUGGGGCAGCUGCGCGCGCAGCUGCAGCACGAGGCGGGGCCCGAGGCGGGCCAGGGGGCGGAGCCUGCCGCGGCGCUGGCGCUGCUCGGUGAGCGCGUGCUCAACGCGUCCGCCGAGGCUCAGCGCGCCGCCGCCCGCUUCCACCAGCUAGACGUCAAGUUCCGCGAGCUGGCGCAGCUCGUCACCCAGCAGAGCGACCUCAUCUCCCGCCUGGAGCGCCUGUGCCCGGGGGGCGCGGGCGGACAGCAGCAGGUCCUGCCCCCACCACCACUGGUGCCUGUGGUUCCAGUCAGUCUUGUGGGUAACACCAAUGACAGCAGGAGGAGGCUGGACUCAGCCCCAGAGCCCCGGAGAGACCAAAUCCUGAGACAGCAGGAGCCCCUGGCUUCUCUCAUGCCUGCAGUUCACCCUGCUGUUCCUACCAAGCCUGCGGGCCCAUGGCAGGAUUGUGCAGAGGCCCGACAGGCAGGGCAUAAACAGAGCGGAGUGUAUGAACUGAGAGUGGGCCGGCGCGUGGUGUCAGUAUGGUGUGAGCAGCAGCUGGAGGGUGGAGGCUGGACUGUGAUCCAGCGGAGGCAGGAUGGUUCGGUCAACUUCUUCACUACCUGGCAGCACUACAAGCUGGGCUUUGGGCAGCCAGACGGAGAAUACUGGCUGGGCCUUGAACCUGUGUAUCGGCUGACCAGCCGUGAAGACCAUGAGCUGCUGGUGCUCCUGGAGGACUGGGGAGGCCGUAGAGCACGUGCCCACUAUGAUGGCUUCUCCCUGGAACCCGAGAGUGACCACUACCGCCUGCGGCUUGGCCAAUACCAUGGUGAUGCUGGAGAUUCUCUUUCUUGGCAUAAUGACAAGCCCUUCAGCACCGUGGAUAGGGACCGAGAUUCCUAUUCUGGUAACUGUGCCCUGUACCAGCGGGGAGGCUGGUGGUACCAUGCCUGCGCCCACUCCAACCUCAAUGGUGUGUGGCACCGUGGCGGCCACUACCGAAGCCGCUACCAGGAUGGUGUCUACUGGGCCGAGUUUCAUGGCGGGGCAUACUCUCUCAGGAAGGCCGCCAUGCUCAUCCGGCCCCUGAGGCUGUGACUCUGUUCCUCUGUCCCCUAGGCCCCAGGGGACAUUGGUCAGCAAGAGCCCAAGUUGUCCUGGCCACACUUUCUUUGUGGCUCAGUGCCAAUGGGUCCCACGGAACUUCCCCUCCGUGGAUCUGUGACCCUGGGCGCUGCAAAUGGGACCCAGGAAUCCCCCCCUGCCAAUAUCUCGGCCCCAGAUGGCUCCCCAAGGUCAUUCAUAUCUCGGUUUGAGCUCAUAUCUUAUAAUAACACAAAGUAGCCACA